AUGUCUACCCCCGAAUGGAUCCGCUACGGCGCGCCCACUCUUGACCGUCCCUUUGGUCUUGAGCUGUGGCCCAUCUUCGAGAAGGCCUUCACCUCGAUCAAGGGCUACAAGCCUCAGGACUUCCGCUUCGUCCCUGGAAAGACCCCUAUGGCUACUUUCAAAGAGACGGCCACCAUGCUCAUUGCCUACUACAUCAUCAUCUUUGGUGGCAGAGAGUUCAUGCGUGGUCGCGAGCCUUUCAAGCUCAACUUCUUCUUCAAGGUCCACAACUUCUACCUGACCCUGAUCAGCGGUCUCCUUUUGGUCUUGUUCGUCGAGCAGCUCCUGCCCGAGAUUGUCAGAAACGGCAUUUUCCACGCUGUCUGCGCUUACGAGGGUGGCUGGACUGACAAGCUCGUUGUCCUUUACUACUACCUCGAGCUGAUUGACACUUGCUUCCUUUUCCUCAAGAAGAAGCCUUUGAGUGAGCGCGCACCAUCCAGACAACCAAUUGCACCAGCUGACUGGUUUUCUAGCUNNUUCCUCCACACUUACCACCACGGUGCCACCGCCCUCCUCUGCUUCACCCAACUCCUCGGCCACACCGCCGUCUCGUGGGUCCCCAUCACCCUCAACUUGACCGUCCACGUUGUCAUGUACUGGUACUACUUCCAGGCCGCACGUGGCAUCCGCAUCUGGUGGAAGAAGUACAUCACUGUCAUGCAAAUUCUCCAGUUUGUCAUUGACCUUGGCUUUGUCUACUUUGCCUCGUACACCUACUUCACCUUCAGAUACUUCCCCAACAUGCCAAACAUGGGCAUCUGCGCCGGUGAGGAGUUCGCCGCCUUCGCUGGCAUGGCCAUCCUCAGCUCUUACCUCCUCCUCUUCCUCUCCUUCUACGCCGCAACUUACAAGAAGCCCACAAAGAAGGGUCGCAACCGUGCCACCAGCGCUCUGGUUGAGAUGAAGGACGAGAAGGUCCCCACUGUUGGCGAGGCUAGAAGACGUUUCAGUGGUGGUGAGGCUCACUUCACUGGCCGUGACGCUCCUACCCCCAACGGCCGCGUCACCAGAAGCCGCAAGGCAUAA